AUGCAAACACUAAGACAUUAUGAAGCUAUGGCUGAGGAAGUCAGAAAAAUCAUGAUAUCAGGAAAGCCCAUUCCCCCAGAUUAUUAGGAGGUUAUCGAAGAGUUUCUGCCUACUGAAGACAAAUAUCCUUCUAGAAGAGUCAUUACUAUUUAUGAAUAUCCAGACAGCAAUCCCGCUUUAUUUUUGGAGAACAAGAGGGGAUUUCGAUUGCAAUUCAUGUUUCUCUUCCUGUCAAACGAGUUGGCUGCUCAGUUUUACGAGGACGUUAUGAACAAUGGACCGCUCAAAUGGUAGAUUGCAAGAUUCUAUCUAGAGGUGGCAGACAAUGUGGUAUUCAUUAAGACCAGAGGACAGAGGGCGACAAAUAUGUUGUAAAAGAUUCAGCAUGGAAUUCAGACUCAACCUUUGUGUGUGUUUCAUUAUAAUAUGAAAAUGAGAACACUAUUGCACAUCCUAGAGCAAGGCAAUUGGUGUAUUAGAGUAGUGUGGGGUCCACCUGUAGAUGUGCCUCUACAUGGAGGAGAUGCAGAAAAGGUUGAGAAUGUGAUUGCAAAGACAGAACCAAAAUUAGAAAUACAGAAGAAGGAGGAGAUGGAAUAGGAAGUUACUAAGAAAGUUUAGAUCAACGAAGAGGAGAUCAAAAACAAGAGUUCCAUUUAUAUCAAGUCUAUUGAAUAUUAUAGUAGAUUAGCAGAGUAGACUGUGCAGAAGUUGAGGGAUGAGAAUCAGAAGAAGAAAGCAUGA